GCUUUCGCGGUGUGGUGUCAAUUGAGUGCUCCUCCUUUGAAGAAUCCGGUUGCUUGCGCUUCAUUGUAGUCAUAGGCCAUGGGCUUAGGUGAAAAAGACAACCAGAGAUGUUAUAUAACUACUGAGGCAAUGAGCAGAAGAUGAACAAGCAAAAGCAAGCGCGUUGAGCUGGAUAAGAACAGCGGAAGCUGUUGAUGCAAACUCCGAUCUUGGCAACGCGAAAACACGUGAUAUUUAAAGCAAAAAUUCCACUUCAACAUAGUGAGUCACGAUAGGAAGGGAAUUAUAUCAAGGGAAGCCAAUUGAGUCCGCUUGCGGUGCUUCUGGUGGUUGUUAAAUGCGGGAGAGCUCUUGCGGACUCGGUUUGGCUUGUCGGAAUCCUCUCUACCUGCCAUACUCAACCGUUCACUCUGAGAUUUCUGCUUCGCUAUAGUUACAAUAGGUCGAGUAAAAUCUACAUAUUGAGUUCUUGCGCUCUUAGGAAACCUUUUUAUAUACCGGGAAAGGUUUUGCUGUGACUUGCUAAAAUCAUGAAAAGCACGCAGUCUUUUUCUGCCGUGGCUGGCUUCGUGCGCUUGCCCAAGAGCAGCCUUGGCCAGGUCCGAUACUACUCUAUUCUAAAGGAUAUGUCCAUACCAGCUUCGAAGCAAAAAUUCAUUCCUAGUUCGGGCACAUACCCUAAAGGGUUCCUGGUUGCUGGUGCCCAUGCGGGUGUGAAGGAGUCAAAUACGCGGUUCCCCGAUGUUGCCCUGAUAUGCUCCGAAACACCAUGCUCAGCUGCUGCUGUCUUUACAGCGAACAAAUUCCAGGCGGCUCCUGUUCAAGUGAGCAAGCAGGUACUUGAAACAAGACAGGGCACAGGUAUCCGGGGAGUGGUGGUUAAUUCUGGCUGUGCCAAUGCCGUCACAGGAAAGGGAGGGCUGGAAGAUGCCAAAAUGAUGAGCGCCAAAGUUGAUGAAUGUACCGGGACUCCAUCAGCUGACCCCCAGAAUACCAGCACUCUCGUCAUGAGCACUGGAGUUAUUGGCCAACGACUUCCUAUCAAGAAAAUCCUUGACACUAUCCCAACUGCGCAUUCCAACCUGGCUUCAAACCACUCAGCCUGGCUCACGGCCGCCCGCGCAAUCUGCACAACAGACACCUUCCCCAAGCUCCUAUCGCGCACCUUCACCCUUCCCUCCUCGCCCAACCGCGCCUACCACUUAGCAGGCAUGACCAAAGGCGCCGGCAUGAUCCACCCGAACAUGGCCACCCUCCUCGGCAUCCUCUGCACCGACGUCCCCAUCAGCCCCUCGGUCCUAAACCCCCUUCUAACCCACGCCGUCUCCCGCUCCUUCAACUCCAUCUCUAUAGACGGCGACACAAGCACCAACGACACCGUCGCCUUACUCGCCAACGGCGCCGCGGGCGGCGAGACAAUCACCACCACCUCCUCCCCAGAUUACACCGCCAUGCAAACCAUCCUAACCAACUUCGCGCAGUCGCUCGCACAACUCGUCGUGCGCGACGGCGAAGGCGCGACGAAAUUCGUCACGGUGCGCGUGCGCAAUUCUCCCUCGCACGCGGAUGCGAAGGUGAUUGCGUCGACGAUCGCGCGGUCGCCGCUGGUCAAGACGGCGCUGUACGGGAAGGAUGCGAAUUGGGGGCGGAUCCUGUGCGCCAUUGGGUAUUCGCAGGGGAUCGCGGAGGGGACGGUGGUUCCUGAACGGACGAGUGUGAGCUUUAAACCGGUUGAUGGAAGUGAGGAGUUGAAGUUACUUGUUAAUGGGGAGCCAGAGGCUGUGGAUGAAGAGAGGGCGGCGCGGAUUUUGCAAGAUGAGGAUUUGGAGAUUGUGGUUGAUCUGGGUGGGGGAGAGAAGGGGGACAAAGGACUUGGUGGGGAAGAAGGCGUGUAUUGGUUCUGCGAUUUUAGUCAUGAGUAUGUGACUAUCAAUGGGGAUUAUAGGACUUGAGGUAAAGAAAAGGGAGUUUGAGGAGGGGUUUGCGGAGAGGAGAGAAGUUUUUUUGCGAAAAUUUCUUUGUUUAUUGUUGUAUUGUUUCUAGAUAAGGCUUGUUUAUUGCCUUGAUGCGGGAUGUUGGUUUGAAGAAUACAGUGCGAUGCUUUCUUCUCCAAUCAUGCUUGGAGAAAGGCACUUAUUCUGAAAAACAAACUCGAUUCAUUAUACACACAACUAAAUAGGUAGAAAGCAGGCAGGUUGAUGUAUAUAUACAUUUUGGUUAUUUCUCAUCUUCCUUUUCUUGUUUCAAGAAAACUAGGCCGCUCUAAUAAUUUUGCGCUUUUCUCCCUCCUAGCCAAAUACAGUCCAUGUUCCUUCAGUGAAAAUGGAUUUAGAAAUAGGUGAAGUUGAGGUAUGAGAACAAAAGAAAACGGAAUCCAAGAAGUUUGGUGGAAAAAAGGCUGUUGUGGAUUGUAUUCUGCUCAGGUGUAGACCUAAACUCAUUAGGGGAGAAGAAACCGAUUCCCCCGAACACUACCUGGCUCCCGUCACUUGACUUUUCUGGAUACUCCGCCCGAAGAUUCAACUUAUGUGAUACGUCACAAGAGAGAGUAUUUAU